GCUAACAAAGGGCGCAAACAACGCACCUAGGAUCUGCACGUCGCCGAGCAAGCAAACAUCGAGUCCCAAAAUGUCAGAUGUCAGUCAGCUGCAUCAUCCUGAAUGCCAGGAGUCUGCUCGAAUGGAAGACGAGGAGGAGGAGGAAGAGUCGACAUACGUCAAGAAGGUGGAGGAAGAAUUCGUCCACAUUAAAGAAGAGCAGGAGGAGUAUUUCACUAGAGUUGAGAACCCCCACAUCGAGGAGCAGCAGCAACCUCAUCCGCUCAAAAAGGAGGAGGAGGACCCGCCAUAUGUUAAAGUGGAGGUUGUGGACAUCCCAAAGUGGACUGAAGAGACAUUUAAGGGUGAAGAUGAAGGUCUGAGCGAGGCCAGCAGAGGGGAGGAGCCUCCGAGUGGCAGCAGCAGCAGUUCAAAAGAAGGAUUCCAAGCAGACAACCUCAUCGCUCGACCAUCAGAGAGGGACAACUUUACAUCACGCUUGCUGUUCUGUGAGUAUCACGUUGCUCACCUUGAGGGGAGUAACUCGGUUGUGGUUAGCAUGUCGGGUAGCUGUCACGCCUCCUGGUUUAUUUAUGCACUCUGA